ACUCCGAAGGCGAAGGAGUGAGUCAGUCGGCAGCCUGAAUCCCCUCCCUUCCCUUUACUCGGGAUGUCUGGCAGCGUGGGGACAGUGACCUGGACCCUGUUCCUCCUCCUCCUCCUCACACCUGGCUGGGUAGAACCGCAGGCCUGCACGUAUCCAUGCCAGUGUCCCUCCCAGCCUCUGCAGUGCCCCGCUGGCACCAGCUACGUGUUGGAUGCCUGCGGCUGCUGCAAGGUGUGUGCCAGGCAGCUUGGCGAGCUCUGCUCCCUGCAGAAACCCUGUGAUCAUCACAAGGGACUCUACUGCGACUUCUCCAAAAUCCACAGAGGCAGCGGGAUCUGCUUAGCACACGAGGGUGCAACUUGUGACCUGCUGGGUAAGAUCUACCACAACGGGGAGAGCUUCCAGCCCACCUGCAAGCUGCAGUGCAUCUGCAUGGACGGGGCCAUCGGCUGCAUCCCCCUCUGCUCCGAUGACCUGCGGCUGCCGUCCCCCGAGUGCCCCAACCCCCGGCGGGUGAAGUUUCGCAAUAAGUGCUGCGAAGAGUGGAUCUGCGAGGAGGGCAGUGAGGAAAACCGCUUUGAAACAGCCAUGGCGGUUUUCAGGGAGGAUCCAGCACACAAGCCCGAGCUGAAUAACCUGCAGGAGAACUGCUUGGUGCAGACCACCGAGUGGAGCGCUUGCUCCAAGAGCUGCGGCAUGGGCAUCUCUGCCCGAGUGACCAAUGACAACCCCCAGUGCCGCCUGGAGAAGGAGACCCGGCUCUGCAUGGUCCGGCCCUGCGACUUCCCUGUGGAGAAAAGCAAGAAGGGGAAGAAGUGUGUGCGGACCCCAAAGCCACGCCAGAGUCUCCACUUUGAGUUUUCGGGCUGCACCAGCACCCGUUCCUACCGGCCCAAGUUCUGCGGCAGCUGCACGGACGGCCGCUGCUGUACCCCGUAUGUCACCAGCACCGUGGAGGUGGAGUUCCGCUGCCCCGAGGGGGACUUCUUCCAGCGGAAGAUGAUGUUCAUCAAGAUGUGCUCCUGCCACUACGACUGUCCCCGAGACAACGACAUCUUCCUGGCCACGCAUCACAGGAGGAUGAUUGGAGACCACGUCAAGACAGAGAAGCAGUAGCCCUCUCUGUGCCCGAUCCACAGGCCAAGGUGUCAAGAGGGCUCUGCAGCGCUUUCAUGGCUGUGUCCCAGGACAGCGCAGCCCCUUACCCCUCUGUGAGGGGCUGUGCUCUUCAGAACAGCGCCGUUGGCCACCAGCGGUCCCAGUGGCCUUGCUAACAAGCCAAGGUGCGUGGGGGAACAGCCCCGUCCGCCCCAGGCUCCUGACCUUCACCUGGGGUGGUUGCAAAGGUCAGUGAAGGAACCAGAAACAGGCUUGAGCUGCAAACUUGAUCCAUGUUCCCGCUCACCAGAUGGGAGAGUGGAUCAAAGCCGCGUGGCUCCAGCCUGUCUCUGGCUGAGAGCACAGCGGGUACCAUUCCCCGUGGCCACUGGCCUGCCAAAACCAUGCGGCAAACCCAGAGCGUGGGACGGGGGCAGCCCAGGAGGCCUGAGCUAAAGCUGAGCUCUGCAGCCUGCUUUCCAGCAGAGCGGGGCUCUGCUGCGUCUUGAUGCAAAGCUGCUCGGUGAGGAAAGUGCUCCUGGCCUCGUGCUGGGCUCCUGCUGAGCUUUUCAAUUAUUUUUGGUUAAUUGGAUCCCAAAAGUUGGCAAAAGCUCUUCCCCAUCCUUGUACCCACCUUUCACCCUCCCACGUGCUUUCCCGUCAGCAGCUUUGUUCCAGAGCAGUUUGCUCCUAGAGGGGCCGGAUCAGCUCCUGUGUGACCCGUUCUCCAGGCAGCUCAGGCUUGGGCUGUCUUUUAUUUCCCCGUUAAAUUCCUUUUCACCUUGUGUGACAGCGAAGAGAAGGCAACAGCGGGUUGUGUGGUGUCACUGCAGGAGACAUAGCCUGGCUCAGGGCCUCCUGCAGAAGAUCUGAGCCCAGGGAAGGGUUUCUUGAUAGAAGAAAGGGUCCAGCCAGGCUGUAGCUUUGCCUCCAGCCCCAAUUCCCUGGGGCUUGUUUCAGACCUGAGGAGCUCAUCCAGCGUGGAAUGGGGGUGAGCCAGGCUGCCAGGCUGAAACACGUCCCCUGCGGGUGCUGCUCCUGGCAGUUUUUUGUGCCAUGACGGGCAUGUCCUCUUGUGCCUUUCAGUCAUCUCUUCAGAAAGGGCUCCGGGGUGGGAGAAGGGCUGGACUCCACCGGCUCCCGCAUCUGCAGUGGGGCUGCAGCUACGUUUUGGCUCCACAGCCUUUGU